AUGCCAAAUUGUGUGCCAGUCUCUUAAAACCCAAUGAGAGUCUUACAAUGACCAUCUUUCUGGUUGAUGACAAGAACCUGACAACACUGCUUGUGCAGCAGAGAUCUUCAACAGCGUUUCACCGCUGUUUUAGUUUCCAGGCUCCUCAAGUAGAUGGAGAAUUAGUGCAGAAACUGCGGGUGGUACUUCAAGGGAGGUUCUUCAAAAUGACCGACGAGAGGAAAGUCAUGUUCAGACGCUACCUGCCUUUGACCUUCAUCCAAACCGACAAACCCAUCUACAAUCCAGGACAAACGGUGAACUUCAGGGUUGUGACCAUGGAUGCUAAAUUUGUUCCUCUUGAUCAAAUGGUAAAGCCUGAUCUGCUAGUAGUCCAAG